AUGGAGAUCACGAACUCGCUUUCCUCGAUCUAUCUGAAGCACGACUACACUCCAUUGAAGGAUAUCGCACGAGCCGUGCUCAAACUCGAAGUUCUCUUCGGAGCCUUCCGAUCCUUCCAUGCGAUCGGUCCGUUGUCUCGAUCUGUCUUGAACUUGAUGAAAGAGCUGCAGCCAGACGACGACUCUCUCUCCGUUGAUUCCAUUCCUUCUUCGUUAAAUCGUUUGAUUCUGAUAGAUCGCUCUGUGGACUGGGUCAGCCCGUUUACGACAUCAUUAACUUACGAGUCACUUAUCCAUGAAGUGCCUUGCGAUCUCGGCUCAGCUCACUUCGUAGGUUCUGGGAAUGGAUUGUGGAGGCGUUUCAUUGGAGGGGAGUCGAAUUGGAAAGAAGGAGAAUGUCGUGUCGAUUUCGUUGAACACGAACGACGCUCUCUUCUCCGAAAUCGCAGAUUCGAACAUCAGCACCGUUCCUCAGUUGCUGAAAGAGAAAUGCAGAGAGAUCGAAGGUACAUCUUCUUCCAUCAUCAUCAUUACCAUCCAGCGUUCAGCAAAAAUCGCCCCAUCAGCAGCGACAGCAGUGUCAGUGAAAUCGCAGCAUACGCCGGGAAGGUCGGCACGAUUUCGGAAUUAAAAGAAAGUUUGCAGAUUCAUUUGGAAGUUCGUUUUUUUCCCUCCAAACUCAUUUUCUUCAGAUCGCCAGUCAAAUCACGGCCCGGACGAAUGCUCCCUCCUUCGGCGAGCGAUGGCAGCGCGAGCGAGAAAUUCUGGAGGGUGGCAACGCAUCGGACUUCAUUACGGGUCUGCUCAACCGUGAGGUCAAAACCCGAUCACUCCUCGAUCGUAGCACCCCAUUGAAGAAGUCCUGCACUACCUUCUUCUCUUCUCCGCGGUGAACCGAGGUCUCAAGCCCAAAGAGCUCGAUUCCAUUCGUCGCGAGUUCAUCCUGGUUUCCCCGUUUCCCCUUUUCUGACGCACAGAACUUCGGCCUCGAAACGCUCCCUCUGCUCACCCUCUUGGACCGCUGCGGGCUUCUCUCUCCCCGCGGUUCUUCCUCGAACUUCGCGUCGGUGCGCUCGAAAAUGCGGCUGAUCCGCGACGACGUCGACGGCUCGCAGCGCUCCGAUCUCAAGUCGCCUCGUCUCCAUCCUUCUCUCUAGCUAUGUGACGUCGGGGUACGCGCCGCUGCUGGCUCGGAUCGUGCAGGCGCUGCUGCAGAGCACGGCGCGGAUGGAGGACGUGGGAAAAGCCGUGGGAUUUGAGUAUUUCCGAGAAGAAGGAAAGGGAAGGGAGCGAGCGGGCGGCGUGGAUGUGGUGGUGGUGGUCGGAGGAUUGACGUAUAUGGAGGUGGCGGCGAUGAGGCUGCUGAGGACGAUGGUGGAAGGGGAGAAGCUGGUGAUGAUGACGACCGAGAUGAUCGAGUCGUUCGCGAUGUUGAGGAGAAUCGUGGAGGAGGUGGUGGGAACCAAGGAGGAGGAGCAGAAGAAUUGAUUUGUUU